AAAUACAAACAAAGAAGAAAAUCAUUUUUUUAUCCAAUUGUUCAUUCCUGGGAAGAGGAAGAAGCAGAUAGAGCAAAGGCCUCCUCCCUCCCUCUUCCCGAAGUGAGCGAAUUGCAUGUAGAGAUCCGUAGGGGCUUAUAGUUUAAUUGGUUGAAACGUACCGCUCAUAACGGUGAUAUUGUAGGUUCGAGCCCUACUAAGCCUACCACCCCCUUCUCUUCACCCGAUACAAGAAGCUUGACCCCAUCGAAAAGGGCAAAGUCCCCUCCACUCUUCAUUUUAUGGGAAGACAUCGCGUUCCUAGUCGAUUUCCCUCAUUGCACUGUCCCCUUAAUGCUACGAAGUGAAGCAGGCAUAGAGACCAACCGUAGGGUCUCUAUCCUGUGAUCUUUCAUCAACCCCGGCUCGGUAUCGGUAGUCUCAGUCUUUCCCUGCCUGCCCUGGUAUGAGUUGAGAGUCUCUGAGGGAGUCUUAUUCUACUCUAGGCUCACUCCACCCCCUGUGUUGUCUUAUUUCAGGAGGGACUAGAUUGUUAAGAAAUCCCUGACUCUGUCUUUGGGCUAAAGCCUAUAGUUCUCUCCUCACUAAAGGAAGUCUCUUAGUAAGUAGCAUCAGCUCUUCCGGGGGGAAAGCCUAAGUAAGGAGUAUUCGCGGGCUAUCCACAAGCAUUCUCCCCCUGACCCGCCUCCCAACCUCAAGAUCAUCAGCGGACGACGCCUUCUUCCGAAAGCCCAUUUGUCUAAGGGCCUCCCUCUUUGCUUUGCCCCAGCGAAAGAGACUGAAAAAGAUCCGUAUCCGAUUCCUCGGGUCUUGCUGCGUCAGCUACCGUAGAUAGGAGGCUUUAGCCUAUAAAGCAGCUUAGUAGUAGGAAGGAAGCAAAGAAGAGUAUGCCCUACAUGUCAACAGGGCUUAAUAAUAAAGGAGGAAUAGGAAGAGAAAGAGCAUGCAUGUGUGCUAAGGCACAAGGUCCCGUAUUGGCACUUUCAGGUGGGCUAAAAAAGAGCCCCAAAGGAAGCCAGUAAGCGAAAUCGGAAUAAAGGUUAAGUGAAACUUAAGACUUUUGAGGGAGCCUAAGGUGGUUUACUUGCUUACUUGUUAGAGUCAGGCUAAUAAAAUUCUUGUUUCAAAGCACUUACUUACCAAGGACCUUAAUCUAGAUUCAAAACCACAUGAGAUAGGCACAUAAAUCUCUCUUUCUUUUGCCAUCAGUUAUAAUAUAAACGAUGGAGCGGGAAUAUGACUGAAAGAUGGUAUAGGUAAUGGAAAGACUAAAUCCAAGCAAGCUUUGUUAGGGGAACUCCCCUUAUAGCCUUUCCCCGUGGAAGUACGAUUUUCUUUGGUGAAAGGAUAGCAGUCAAGCCACAAGAGAAGAGAUCAUUAACAUCGACGCUUCCAAGAUCCAACCUAAGAGAGUAGGGAGUUCGGUCAGAGACUAGAAAAGUACGAAAUCCUCCUUAGCACAAGCACUAAGUAAGCUCCCAACCUCUCCCUGUAGGUCGAGCACUUCGUUCCUUACUUUCCAGUCUUUUUCUGAAGUUCCAGAUAGAUUACUGUAAAAUAGGUUCUUCUGCCGCUUCAUUGUAAGAUCGGCAUACGAGCACUAAGAAAGCAAAUCGGACAAUAAGGAUCAGUACUAAGUUAGAAGGAAACUAAGCAUCCGGCCCUAAGCAAAAAAAAAGGAUAGUACCGUCAGUGUCAUCACUUAAUCGGGUACAUCUGGGUUGGUGGAAACUAGGUCCGCGUGUAAAAGAAGAUCUCCGUUAUGGAGUCCCGGCCGAAGCAGGCUCAGGAUAUGGGCAGCGCAUAUGACAUGACAGACGGUCAGGGAAUUCUUUUCUUAAUAGAGUACCAGACUUCUCGGCUAUAUGACCAAAGAUCAGGUCUCCGACCAAACUUCCCUUAGCUACUUUGAAACUACACAUUUCACACUAAAUUCAAAGGGCUUAACGAUGCCAUAGUCUGUACACGCCUGACUUAUCCCUUAUUCAGGAUUGGUUAUUUUCUCAUACCGAAACGAACUUAGUUUCUCUAAUUCCAACCGGAGCGAUGUGGGGAACUUGCACUCCUGAUAACAAAUAAAAGCUGGAUUCUAUCUCUUCCUUCUGUGAAGCGUAUGAUCCUUCGGCACCUCUGGAGGUUUCCAAACCAAAGUAGCGGACUUAGCAGUCCCUACCCGAGUCAAGCCUCAUCCUUGGAAGAAGACCUUCCAACACGAUGACCUCAGCUUCAUGGUUGUAGCUGGUAGACCCCCCUUCUCACUUAAAGGGCGAAGUUCUAAAUCUUCCCGGAAGGGAUAAGGCAUAGCAAGCAUGCUAAGAGCGAAUCCCUCAGCUUGAAAGCGAGUUUCAGUGAUCUGAGGGUGAAUAGAUAGAAUACCGGAAUCGGAAUUCCACUAGUGAGGUAAGCCCGGUCAGGGCUAAUUCGAAGAUCUUAGUGAAUAGGGCAACUGUGGAAACUGACUUUAACAUUUCGGCAGGAAUUUCCAUUUAUUAAAACACUGGAAAAGGAAACGGAAGCUAAAAAAGAGGAUUGUCCCGUGACCAAUUGCACCUUUAAUGAAAUCAAGGAAUAUGAGAGCAGAUGGACGAGGCAGAAGUGAAUAAUGUAAUUCUGUUUCUAUCGAUUCUUAACCUGUAUAUUAAUGUUUCUUACAAGUCGAAUGUUGUUGUAUUCAAUAUGUCCGCCUCGGGAUCCCCGGGUGUUUUUCCUUACAUAAACCCGUAUUACACCAAGAAUGAAUUGACAAGCGCAUGACUUUGUUGAUAUAGCUUAGAUAGGGAAAAGAGACUCUACUGUGAAGGAAAGGAAGACGGAGCCCGCUAAAGCCCAAUAGUCCAGGGGCAUGAAAGAAAGAUGGAAGCUGAAAGAGUGUCUCAAACUUUAUUAUCGACCAGAAUCUCACUUUCUUUGGAUCGCAAGUCAGUCUCUUAGAGUCCUUUCCUUAGUAGCAGGAUCCUAUCCUAUCAUAGGCGCACUCAGUUGAGUCUACUAGUUCAGGAGUGAAGGAAGGCUCCAAGUAAGUUUAUUCAAGCACUGGGAAUCUAUCGCUUUUGCAGACAAAGAAAGUAUUGCGAACAAAGUAAGACAGAUGGUCUUUCAAAAGAACAUAAAAGCACCACUUUUCCAACCAAGAAAAUAAAUGCUUUAGAAGCAUUCGCUCCUCGGUUCAAGAAAGAAGAAGAAGUCGGAUACGAGGUCAAGAGGAGGAGAUCGACUGGCUAUAAUUGGAGUUAGGUUCCGUCUUUGGCGUAGCCUUUCUUCGAACCUGUCUUUUCAGUGGUCAAGGCGGUAUGUCGAUCAUUCUAAUGAAAACAUCUCCCUGAUCCAAUUUAUGCCCGAGGACAGGGGGGAAGCGCUCUUCUGCUAGCUUCUUACUGCAAGACAUAAAGUGAAAGCCCCAUCAAGAGCCGUUCAAUAGUCCGUAUGCUUUCAAUCAUCAAUCGGUACACCACUUAAAAGUCAAAGUUUUUACAUCCGAUCAAGCAGCUGAAGGAAGCACAGCUUAACAGCCAGCACAAACUUGAAUGAAGCCAGUCGGCGUAGCGCCUUAUGCCUCUACGGAUCUCGAUUAGCCUCUUCUAUGGAAGAAGGUUUUUCCUUCAUUCCCCUUCUCUUCCUUUCCCAGGUUACUGGAUUGGAAUUUAGAAUAGCGGUUCCAGAGGAGCGUAGCCGAUUAAGGAAAGCAGUCUACUCAUGUAGUUAAGAAGUAACUCUUCAAGCAUGGUAAGCAGGCACGUAUGGAAUGAAGGUAGGUCAAUCACUCUUACUUUAACCCCCGUGCCCAGCAUUGAUCCCGGAGCCGGAAAGAAGGAUUGUUUUUCUGUCUAGUUUAGACGGUCUUGUCUAUGAUGGAGUAUAGAAAUGUGAGAUUUGUUAUCUCAAGUUCAGAUAGCAUCAGUAACCACUUCGCCAUUCUCUUAAAUAGGGCAGGCUUCUCUGAUUGCAACAAUCGCUCUAUUCCCUUUGCCUAUUAGGCGAAAAGAGUAGCUGAAGCUUUAAGAAAGAAAGUGUGCUUACUUCGGGGAUGAAGAAUCAGUUGAACUCACUCGACUAAGAAUCCUAGAAAGUGGUGCCCUUGGUUCAGUCUUUAGAGAAAGUGCUGUUGAUUCGGUCCUUUCUUUCAGCAGUUGGCGCGUAAUAUCCAUCCCCAUCUGUUAUUGUAACUGACUCUCUUCAAUAGAUGAGCCUUGGUCGUCCUAUCCGCAAGAAUGGCAAGCGCAGACCGGGAACCUAGGCCAAUUGAAAGUCACAGCCGUUUGAUAGCCCUUUUCGUAAGAUCCCUUAUCAAUUGUCCUAAUAGAGUGAUUUACCUGAUUAAAUGAAGGCGCAGGAUUUCCCACCCGUUGUAAAAUAAGGGAAGUUUCCGUCCACACCUAGCUAGCAUCGAAGAGCAUUCAUUCCGUAUCCUCCAUUAUCCUACUUUCUUUCCUUUCCGUUUUCGAAACUAAAGAAAGAAGAAAAAAGCUAGCGCUAAGCAAAGGGCGAGGAUAAGCGCACAGAGAGAGCUUUCAAGUAAAGAUGUCAGAUCGAAAGCCUCCGGAAUUGGAUAAGAGGUGAGGUUCACCUUUCACCCUAGUGGGAAAAGAAGAAGGAGUUUAUUCCCUUUGAAGAAUAAAUGCUUUUAAGCCCCCCUUUGUAAGUGAAGGAAAAAGAGGCUGUCUCAGAUCAUGGGAGAGUCAUCCGUCUAAGGAGAAGAGGCGCCGAGAUAUUAAACAAAGGUCUUGUCACGAGCUGGGGCAACGCUUUUAUCCGCAUAGGAUCUGGGCUCGAACCAGCGCUUUCCAGAUUAAGAAUCCGGAUUUCCAACCUUUCAAUAGUCUUAGUGCGCUUUCGAUGUAGAAAAUAGCGUAUGUAAAGGUAAAGAAAGUAGGUAGUAUGUAGGUUUGUAUGAUAUGGGCUUCAUUCCUUCAGUUGGAGUUCAUGCCUUACCGAUGUAUAUAAAAAUUAUCGUAGUGUAGUUCUCGUAUUAUAGUAGUAGGCAACAAAGUAGCUUUAACGUGAACAGCGCUUUGUCCUUUAUUUAUUUUAUUUCUAAAGAGGCGGCAACUGCGCUGAAUGAUAAUAAAGCCAAAAGUCCCAUGCAUCCUUUCUUUCUUUGGUCAACAACCAAGCACAACUCAAUAGAAUGAAUUCUUCAAGACUCCUACAUGACUUUCUGUCUGGAGGGAAUCAAUUUUUCUCAAUCAAUCACUACACUAUGUUUCCACUCCAUUUUCAUUACGAAGAUGUCUCACGUCAGGAUCCGUUGCUCAAACUGAAUCACGCCAACGUUAUGGAAGUUCCUAGAUCGUGUGAAAUAAGACUAGUACCAAAGGCACCCUAUGAUUUCAUAAUCCAAAAUGGAAAAUUGGCUAUGGAGAUUCCGCGCGGUCAGAAAUUAAUACAGACACACAGGGGUUCGACAGGAAAGUCGUUUCGAUCAAAUCCAUUCUUGGGGUCAAAUAAAGACAAAGGAUAUGUCAGUGACCUAGCACGACAAAGCACUCUCCGAGGGCAUGGAAUGUCUAAUUUUUCGGUAAGAAUCUCGACAGUAAUGUCUCUGGUGGAUUCUCCGGUCGAAAGACGGCUAAACUCAAUUCAAUUCUCGAUGGAAACGGAGUUGUUCGAAUUCUCCCCGGAACUGGAAGAUCAUUUCGAGAUCUUCGAACAUAUUCGAGGGUUCAAUGUGACUAUUGUAACUUCGGCCAACACACAAGAUGAGACUUUACCACCGUGGAGCGGCUUUUUGCAAAAAGAUGAGGGAGAUUCUGAGUAAGAGAUGUUAUGGACGAAUUGUUUGAAGCGUUUCUUCCCUUUAUUGAAAAAGUUGGAGAAGCUGCCGGGCUUAAGGAGGACUCUGAUGCCACAUCUUCACUUGACUUCAAGCAGGAAGUAGACCAGCCGUCUGAAGCCUUUAAGAAUAGAAAGAAGGUUGAGGCUGAUUGGACCCUCUUCGUGCCUGACUUCUCUAUUGAUCUGACCGGCUCGAUUGAGACAGAGAGUAAAGGUGCGAAUCGGCUAAAAGGCUGAGUCCGAGACUGGGAGAAGAACUUGCAAGAAAUGCAGACUUCGCUCCGCACCUUUAGGUAAAGAUCCCCAAUGUCCAAUCUUCCUUUUAUGGAGAUAUUCUUUUAUGUAACUUCCGGUAAGAAAGGGGAUAGAUUAUCGAAAAAAAGAUGUGCGCACGAGAGGAUUCUAACUUUCAUACAUAGAAGAAUGAUUGGCAAAGCACUCGAACAAAGCCCUUAGCUUCUAACUUCAUUCAUUCGAAAGGUCGCUGGAAUUUAGUUAGGAGCAAAUCCGUCACUGGACGAGGAAGGAAAGGGAAGGAAGAUAUGUACAAGAGAAAAAGUAUAUUAGAAAGCGUUAACAAGACUAUCAGACCAAGAACAGAACUGCUGGAGGAACAACUACCUAAGGCUGAAAAUGACAUAGAAUAAGUGGAAUCUCAUGCACACUUUGAGGGAGGUGGUUAACCGGUGCUUAGAGAACUACCUGGGAUGCCGAUAGACCAAGGGAAUGGGUACGUUGGUUACCCUGGGCAGAAUAGUGGUACAAUACCACUUAUCAUUCGGCAACCAAACAAAGACCGUUUGAAGUGGUAUAUAGGCGCCCACCGCCUCUAAUUACGUCCUAUACUCCUUAGUCCAACAAAGUGCAUCAAGUUGAUUGCGACUUACGCUAGGGAUUGUGUUUUGCAAUUUGGAAAGGAGAAUUUGCAUGGAGCUCACAGGCCCGGGGACCCUCUAAGUAUGGGGAGUGCCACUACUGCUUUCAUUGUUCUACUAUUGAGUUGAGUGCAAGUCUCGCUCAUUGAAUUGCCGCGGUGGCCUCAAGUGCUGAUUUUCAUUUCUUCGUUGAACGUUCCGGUUUUGGUAAGCGGUUUGACUGCUUUCCUUGAGAAGGUGGUAGAUUGUGGCUAACACUAUUCCGAAUCGGUGUCCCUGGGGCCCAUACAGUACCAGGGGAGCGAGCCUCUUUCCUAUCCUGGGAAGUCAGACAGUUAGCUUUCAUCAGUCCUCGGGUCACUAAACUUGAGGAAAAAGGCAUAUAAACUUAGUCUUGCAAGAAAAUACUUAGUAGAUUGAGAAGCAAUAAAGUUAGAAAGAGCUUAGGUGCCUAAGAGGAAAUCAGGAAGAAGAAGUUCGAGACUUUCCCCUCUCCUUACUCAGAUUGACUUUCUAACCCACCUUGAUUCAGGCAAGCAAGUAUGACCAGCAAGCAGUCUUUCUUCUUCUUUCUCUUUUGUUGAUAGAAGCUUCCCCACCUAAGGAGAUUGAGCUGCAAGCUUCCUCUAAUACAAGCUCGAUCGGAUUCGAUUUUCUAUCUCUUCAAGCCCGGAUGUAGAAAGUUAGUCAAGUAUGGAAUUAGACUUAGCAGUUACAGGGGACUGAAGCCUAAGAGAAGAGGAAGUCAGAGAUUGAUAGUCUUUUCUCUUAGGGCAAAAGCUCGUACUUGAGAAUCAAAGUCAGACUCAGUCUUUGGAAUCCCUUAAAGCAAGUCUAAAGGCUUACACACAGCUCUAUUAUUUGAUGAAGUUGCAAUUGAGCUUUGCCCGUCUAUUCACUGAUCAGGGGACUAUCAAUGAAGAUUCUCCUUUAGCACCUAGAGGAAAUUCCGUAGGCUAGACUUUCCAUUUGUGAGAUUGAGUCAUGUCAGUAUUCAAAGAAGAAGUAGAAAGAUGUAGGGGAAAGAAUCCAUAUCUUUAUUAACUUCUCUGAAUGUAGGGCUUGUAGUUGAGAAAAGUACCUCUAACUAUCACUUCAAGCCGUCAACUGUCCAAUAAGCGAGUGAGGUGAGCAAAGGAAAGAUAUGAAACUUCAACAGACUCUUCAACAGCUGCGCAACCUUAUCCUCAGUUUGACUUAUGGUUUUAAGAGGGGAAAUCAGAUCGGAUUGAAUUCAUUGAAAGUUGACCCCUAAGCAGUCCCAGAAGUCUCAGUCUAAGUACGUCUUACCAAUCCCGACAAGGCUAAGAUAGGUGAGAGCCCGAGUUAACUAUUUAGAUGAAGAUACUGAUCUAAAGGCUGAGUCAAUGCCUUAUUAUAAGAUAAUCAUCUCCUUUAUCCGUGAACUAACUAAAGAAUCAGCAGAUCCGAUAGCAGCUAACAUUUCUGUGGGCUCGGGGAAUGCCUCUUCACCUUAAGCAGUCCAUUAAGUAGCGGACUGAAUUGCUAUUGUAUUUCCCCUGCAAACUCUUUGAAGUUAAGUCAGCUUAGCGCUUGAAGCGAGAGAAGAUAGGAGGUCGUCUGCCCAUGGUGGCUUAGUGCGUAGUGUUAGCUAACUCGAAAAAGAAAGUAGGUGGGGGCUAUAGGCCUAUAUACCCGGGCUUCUCUUCUUGAUCUUCCCCGGAUUCAGAAGUAGACUAAGCUAAGCCAGCUAAAGUAGAAUCUUCUUUUCUAUGUGAUUUUAGAAUUCCUGGCCGCCUCUACUACCUUAUCUGAGGGGAGAAGAGGGUUGAUCUUUAAACUUCCUCGCUAGCUUAUCAAUCAAUCGAAGGAGGGGAAAGCGAGUAAGCAAAGGUAAAGGAUUUUAUUUUCUUAUCUUAUAAGGAUUUCCCCGCGGAAAGACAGGAACGAAGUCUGAUUACUAGCUUUCUUUAGUUAGCUUAUAGCUCUUAUUUAUGCCUUGGCUACCAUAUCGGACAAAGAAGAGGAUUCUACGCAACAAUAGAAAACGGAAGAACUAGUACUGCCUUUGCGUCAACCUUUUGACUAGCUUGAAGUUAGUCCCUGGCCUACCUGCCAAUGGUUGAAACUAGAGAGUAACGGACUUCUUUCCAGCUAUCCUAACCUUCUGGCAUGCGAAUAUAGGAAGGAUCAAAUUGACCUCUGGCAAAGGCCAAAAGCGAAAGAAUUUGUGAUCCCUAGCUUUCCACUUAAACAAAUGAAGUAGAUCGGCCAAUAUCCAUUGCAGGAGAAACCUCUUCAACAACAGCAGCCAACAAUUGAAAGAAAACAUUGACAUUCAAUUAAGUAGAAGGGGAUUUGUCAGUCAGUGAUUAGAGUUGUUGGCCUAAGGCGUGAAAGCCCGGAGGAAUCUUGUGAAUACCUGAAGCCCGAAAUGUCAAUCGAAAUCAUCUAGGAAUUUUUCUUGGUUUGCUGUCCUCUGCUCUAAUAGGCGAAAGCAAUCUUCCUUCCCGCGAACUCUAUACACAACAUGCCAUUAUUUAUAGUUUUCCCAGCCAAUAGUUUGAAGUCAGAAAGAGCACUGGAUCAAAUCUUAGUCGAUUCCAUCCAUUAGAUAGACUUCUCUGACUCUAUUCCUAGAGCUUUGGAUGGACAAGUUGCCAAAUGCUUUUAAAAGAGAUACCUCAGAUGGUGUACCACAAGCAAGAAGUCGGACUCCAUUAUCACGAUAGUAACUUA